AAGUGACAUUAUGAGCAAUCAUUGUUCUAACUUAGAAGACUUAGAAAUAACUAAACAAGAAUUAGAUAACAUUGGAGAAGCAUUAAAAAAAGAAGAAUUUCGAAAACUUUUGUGUGAGUAUGUUGAUGAAAUUAGUGACCCCAAAAAUCAAGCCCUUUAUGAGAAAGAAAUCACACAAUAUGAAUUAGAACGAGGUAUUCAGGUAACAUUCAUUCGACCAUGUGCUGGAUAUGUUAUAAAAACUAGUUCCAAUGGAACGAAAAAAGUUUUUAUUAAUAUUUGUUCUAGUGAUGUAAUUCAAAAACCUUCCACCACUCUUAGGAUGGGAGGAAAACAUUUUUCCCUACCUCAUUGUCUUUCACCUGGACGACAAGACUAUGAUAAAGCACGAAAACCGUGCGAUGUUUUUGAUAUUAUAUUUCAUCCAGAAGUUAUUGGUUUUACAAAACAGGGAAAAUCACUAAAAGAUUUAGUUGAAGACACUGCACUUACAAUGAUUGAAAAAAAUUAUAACCUAGUUCUAGAUAAAAACAACUUAAAGUAUCCUAAAAUAUCAUUUAAAGGUAUUGCAAGACCAUUAGUAACAAGAAAAAAAAUUGAAAAUUUUACCAAAUCAAAUAAAUCAGAAAAAGAUAAUGAUAUUCUUGGUUGUCCAUAUCCGCCACCAAAUACUCAACCAAUUCAAAUACACAAUUUAGAAAAUGUAAAAAAAGAACCUUCAUUUACAAUUCCUAAAUAUAUUAUUAAGUAUAGGUCUGAUAUUGAUAUACAAGAACAUGGUUAUAAUAUGCACUGCAAGUUAAAUGCUGUUAUACCAAAAGAACUAAUAAUUGAAAUUUUUUUACCUCUUUUGGAUACCUCAUCAAAUAUAGAAUUAGAUGUAUUACCAAAAUCACUUAAUUUAGUUUGUCAAAAGCCUUCAAAAUAUCAAUUAAGUAUUGAUUUGCCUUAUACUGUAUUAGAAGAUAAUGGUAAUGCUACAUUUGAUAAAAGUGCUAAAAAGCUCAUUGUAUGUCUUCCUGUCAUAAGAAAAGAACCUCCAUUAAAUAAUGCUAAAAUUCUUAUUAGUGAAGUAAACAAUUCUAAUGAUAUAAGGUGUGUAAAUAAUAUUAAAUUAAAUGAACACACAAAUGAAACUAAUAAAAGUGAAGUAUAUUGUAAUGGAGAUGGUCUUGCAAAUGGUUUAAAGGAUGUUAGUUGUGUUAAUGACCAAAAAGAUGACUUUCUAAAUAAUCAAACGGGAGACAAUGUAAAUAAUGCUGCCAAUAGAACUGAUGUACAUUACAUAUUACCAGAACACGAGUUCAAUUUCAUAAAUACAUUAAAGCUUAAUGUAAAUAAUGUUGAUCCAAGCACUGUUAAUGUAAUAGUUACUAAAGAAGAAAAUAUGAUAUCGGGUAAAUUUUGUUCAGUGGGUUCUGGGUAUUUCCCAAUUUGGUAUUCUUUUUGCUUUAAAAUGUCACCAAAUUCAGAGUUAUCAAAUCAUAAUGUUAAAAUUUUACCAUCUGAUAAAGAUAUAAGUUUAAAGUUUAAUGUUAAGCAUAAAUUGUAUAAUAAAUCAGAAUAUUGGUAUGGAUUAAAUGAAAAUUGCUUAACCAUUAAACAUAUUGAUGUUCUGAAAGAAAAUCAGAAUAAAUUAAGUAAUGGGAUGUCUAAUGUAAGUAAUGAAAAUGAAGAUGAAAAUAAUCUAAAAAAUCUGAAUAGUAAAAAAACUGAACAGAAUAUUACAUCAUCAUUAAACCAAAAAGAAAAUGAGUUAUUAAGUAUUAAUUGUCAAUAUAAAGAAAAAAACAGUAAAAAUAACAAAAAUAAUGAAAAAUCAAAAAAGAAAAAAGGGAAAAAAGUUCAAAAAUCAAAUGCCAUUCCAAUAAUUAGUAAUAGUAAUUUACCUGAUGUAAAAAAAAGUGUUGAUUUUAUUCCAGGAUCAUUACCUGUUGAAUUAAAUAAUAAUAUAAAACCAACAAUUCGUAGUAUAUUAAAGAAAAGUAGAAGCCUUUCAGAAUGUAGUAAUAUGGAAGAUACUAUAAUUUGUCCUCGUGUAUUUAGUUCUUCUGUAGACAAUGCUGACACUGAAAGUUCUGAAAUGUUAGAUUCUAGUUUUAAUGAUUCCAAUCAUAGAAAAUCUGUUAGAUUUAAUGACCAUGUUAUUGAAAAGAAAAUUGAUUAUUCUAUAAGCAUAGCUGCUCAAGCUAAAAAACAUCAAAGGCGACAACAACGAAAGCGGAAUAUACGUGAAUAUAGUACACCGAGUGAGAGUGAAGCAUCUGAACCUGAGGACAAAAUUUAUGGACCUCUUAAUGAGAUAUCAGAAAGUGAAGAAACUAGCAUAUCAGAGAGUAGUGCUGGAGAAAUGUCUGAUGAUAAUAGUAAUAAUGUUUUGUCAUCUAAAAUUACAGUUGUUACAGAUUCCAAAAAAGAUCACAGAAGACGCAAAAGUAAAUCAGCAAGAAAAAAUGCUUCUCUUGCCAAACAAUCAUCUACCAACAAUCUUAUAUUUCCAAUUGAAUAUUAAAAUUUAAUAAAUCUACCUCUUUAUUUGAUGUAUUAUUAGAAAAUAAUUAGUGUAGUUUUUUCACAAUUUAUGGGUGCUUAGUUUUUUAUUUUAUAAAAAAAUUAUU